AUGGAUAGUCUAAUAGAGAAUGCUGUUAAGGAUGAGACGAAGACAUUGCACCGUAUGUCCUUAGGGAGUCCGUUCAAUCAGAAGCUGUUUAAGAACAUGCAUACGUUGUUUAAGUCUGGCGAUUCUAAGAAGAAGAAACAAAACAAAGAAACUAAUGCUAAUGUUAACCAGGUUUCUACCGGAUCAGCUCUUGAUUCAAAUAGCAGUGGCCUCGACGAAAAAUCACCUGUGGUUCCCAUUUAUAGUAAUGAGACAGGUGCUACCAAAAUGUCUCCUUUAGCAUUACAUAUUGAUUCUGAAGAUCUGAUGCUAUCUCCAAGUAUGAUGAGUCCGACAACUAAUCGGAGAAAUAAAUUACAUAGACUUAAUUCCACAGUGACAAGUCCUACAGUACAGAGAAGAACGUCUUUGACACAAUCUCGUAAGAAUAGUCUUGGUUUGUAUCGAACAGAAAGUUUUAAGAAAAAAAAAUUCCCAAUGAGAAAUUCCAGUGUAAAGAGAAUAAAUUCUAUUUGUUCAUUAAAUAACCAAGAUAAGGAUUUGAAUAUCGUAUCCCCAUCACAUUGCAUAAAUAACUCUAAUAAAUCGAAUACUCCCGCACAAUUAGAGAGAGAAAAUUCGACAUUGAGAAAUAGUAAUAUUCCAACAUACCACAUGCAUGAUAUUGAUCAUUAUUCUUCAAAGAGUAAAAUGUCCUUGAAUGAUACCUUUCCUAGGAUUAGUGUUAAUACUUUGAAAGAUAUAAUAGUGGAUAAUAUCCAUAAACCACAUUAUGAUGACUAUAUGAUAAUAGAUUGCCGAUUUGCGUAUGAGUAUCAAGGUGGACAUAUCAAGGGUGCAUUAAAUUUUUCAAGACCUGAAGAUAUUGCCACUCAUCUAAUAGAUAAAAGAAUGACAGAUAAUACAAUUCACGGAUCUCGUCGAUGUUUGUUAAUUUUCCAUUGUGAAUUUAGUGCACAGAGGGGUCCCACUUUAGCAUCAUCUUUUAGAAAUCAUGACAGAUGUGUUAAUCAUGACAAUUAUCCACAUUUAUUCUAUCCUGAUAUUGUGAUAUUGGAUGGUGGUUAUAAAGCCUUUUUCGACUAUAAUUCAAGCCUUUGUUAUCCAAUUAAUUACGUAGAGAUGGAUUCUAAAGAAAAUAUUAUCGAUUGUGAAAUCCAGAUGGAUAUAUUUAGGAAAGAAUCCAGAAAAAUUAUUACUAGAAGUAAUUCAUUAAGAACAUUUACAAGUGCAUCAAGCAUUAGUUCCAAUUCUAAUAAUCUUCCCAUGAAAGGGCAGAGAAAUUCAAAGACAUGGAAGGAAUCAAGAAUAUUGGAAGAAAGAGAUAGUAAUAUCUUUAGACCUGACCCACCUCCUAAACUAUUUUACAAACAUCUCAAUCAUUGCUCCCACGAUGGUUCUGGUGCCUCUAGCGACGAUAUAUGCUCUUCGUUAGCUUCGACAAGUAGUACUAUUAGCAUUGGAGGAAUGCAAUCAAGCGAUAAUAUUCACAGUGAUCCAUAUUUCAGUUACGAGGAAAAUGAUGAGUUUAUUCAUAAUCAUGGACAAAUCAUGGCUCGUUCCCCAUCCAGAAGGCUAACAUUCACGAAAAGUUAA